AUGCUCAUCAGACCCAACAUGUUCUUCCAGCUCUCCGCCGUCUUGGCGCUGCUCCUGCUCCUGCUUCCUGGAACGACUGCAACCGUGACUGAGGCCCCGCCUGAGUGUGACGGCCUGGGCAAGUCCUGGUCCCAGAUCGGAAGCAGCGACACCAUCACAGCCGGCGCUAUCGACCUCUGUAGCGGUUUGAAUUCCCCUGACGGAUGCGACCACGGCUGCACGAAGAAAUUCGGCUCCUUCGAUGUGAACGAUAAGUACUCGGUUCGCAUUACCUACAGGUUCGACCGGGAAGUCCACAAUAUCACCCUGCCGUGUAUGGAGCAUUUCAACCAGACCAGGGAGAUUUGUGACAAGGGCGGCAGAAUUGACUUCAUGGUUCACGACAAUGCCGCAGUCAACUCGACCAGGAUUCAUGGAAACUUUACUGCUUACCCCUAUCCGAAUAAGUGCUAG